UCCUUUACAAAGUUGUGUAAGCAAAAUUAAGGAAAUUAUUGGGAUAUAUAGAGACUAGGGAAAAAAACAAAGAAAAGAAAAAAGUGACUUUAGGAUUGAAGUAUCCGAGUUCAUGAAAGUUUCAUGAUAAUAUCACGAUAAAGUUAUGAUACUUUUGGAAUAUUAUCAUGAGAACCUAAGAUAUCGUUUCCAAUAUCCCGCAAAGAUCUUACCUGUAAAGCAAUUUUCCCACUGUCUGGCAUUAAGAUGGCAGUACUUUCGAAAUAUCACCAGAGAUCUGUGACUGGUGUGAAGCCUGCAUCAAGGCCUUGCAGUAGCCCUAUUUCACCAGAUCGGCCAGCUCACUGGAUAAGCGCGAGAUGCAUUCAGCAAUCAGCAUCUCAGCUGGUGCCCAUCAGAAGCGCUGCAGCGUUCAUGAGCAUCAUCACGGAAGAUCGCCACAUACAAGCUUCCAUGCUCAUUUUUUCACGAGAUGCAAAGCUAAUUCACGAGAAAGAGAUUAUUGUACAGAGUACACCUAAAAGGCCAAAGCAGCUACAACCAACUAGCCGGCAUGCCAUCUCCCCUUCUACCAUUCUUUAUUGCAAUCACAUACCACUUUCCCUUGCAAAGAUAUAUAAAGCCAUCAGUUAUCUUCUUUCCCACUCUAAAUGCACUUGAUCUCCUACUUUACCCGUAGACGCCAUGUCUCUGACACCCACCAUAAUGGCAGUCUUUCUCUUUGCAUUGUUCAUGGGGUGCUUCGCACAUGGAGAUGGAAAUGCUUACCUUAGAAACGCCUGCCGUGUAACGCAGUAUCGUGAAUUGUGCUUCAAUACAUUCUAUACUCUCCCAUCUGCAGCAAAGCAAAAUGCAAGCGCUCUUGCCCGCAGUGCGAUCUCUGUGACGUUGGCAGAAACCAAGAAUGUAUCCCAGUAUAUACUGGGCCUGAGGGAGUUGAGGCUCCGGGGGAGAGAAAAAGCGGCCCUUGACGACUGCGUCGAGUGUUUCAAUGAUGCAUUAGAUAAUCUUCACAAGUCCUUGUUCGAGAUCCGCUCGCUGGAAAGCAGCACCUUCGACUUUCAGGUCAGCAAUAUGCAGACAUGGGUGAGCGCCGUGCUAACCAGUCAAGACACGUGCCUAGAUGGGUUCAAUGGCACCCAUGGGACAGUAGUGGAACGACUUAACAGCACGAUAGGAAAUGUUGCGCGGAUUACAAGCAAUGCUCUGGCUCUUAUUAACACACUCGCCGAAACAGGUGGGCGUGGACUUCGUUGACCCCUAGUAAUAGUCGCUCUUUUCUCCAGUUCCUCCACCUCUCUCUCUCUCUCUCUCUCUCGUUAUGUGUGUGUCUCUCUAUCCGUGGCAAAUCUGUGUUACGCAGAUAUACAUAAGACUGUAAGAGAUGCAUCCUCGGUAACUAUAAAUUGAAGAAAAUAAGUUGUAUUGUACAAA